AAGGUACGCUUCAUUCGGGUGGCAUCUUUUCAAGUAGUUGGUCGUAUUAUUCCUUAAUACAGUCGUAUUAAUCCUUAAUACAACUAAUUGCUGCGAGUGUAUUUUAGCAUUAAGUUUUACUCAACAAUAUCUACCAUCAUUGUCAUCAAAGUGUGGUUUUAAAAACUCAUACCACGCGUACGUACCACAAUACAAAACGAAGUGCGGCGUCGUUUAUUGUGUGUGCAAUUUUUGCUGUGGCGGCCGCGCGGUUCUUUAUCCAUUGAACAAACGAACAAAUUCUUGCAACUAAAUAAAAAGCACGUUCACACGAACAAUAAUAAACUCAAGAUGCAGAACGGAAACAAAGCCAUGUCCAUCGAGCAGAUGUACCAGAAGAAAUCGCAACUGGAGCACAUCCUGUUGCGUCCCGACUCAUACAUUGGCUCCGUUGAGUUCACGAAGGAAUUGAUGUGGGUCUACGAGGCAGAGGGUAAUCGUAUGGUGCAGCGUGAGAUUUCAUUUGUGCCCGGUCUGUAUAAGAUAUUUGAUGAGAUCUUGGUAAAUGCGGCCGACAACAAACAGCGCGAUAAAUCCAUGAAUACCAUUAAAGUGGAUAUUGAUCCCGAAAAAAAUCUGGUGUCUAUAUGGAACAAUGGCCAAGGUAUACCGGUCACCAUGCACAAGGAACAGAAGAUGUAUGUGCCAACGAUGAUCUUUGGACAUUUGUUGACGUCGUCCAACUACAAUGAUGAUGAGAAAAAGGUUACGGGUGGUCGCAAUGGCUACGGAGCCAAACUAUGCAACAUCUUCUCACAGAGCUUCACUUUGGAAACGGCGACUAAGCAGUACAAGAAAAGUUUUAAGCAAACCUGGGGCGAUAACAUGGGCAAGGCGUCUGAUCCAAUUAUUAAGGACUUUAAUGGCACGGAUUUCACCAGAAUUACAUUCAGUCCAGAUUUAGCCAAGUUUAAAAUGGAGAAACUGGACGAAGAUAUUGUGGCAUUGAUGUCGCGACGCGCCUAUGAUGUGGCUGCCUCAACAAAAGGCGUUUCUGUCUAUUUGAAUGGCACGAAAGUGGGUGUGAAGAAUUUCAAAGAUUACAUUGAUUUGUUUGUGAAGAAUAGUGAAGACGACUCCCAACAACCAAUAAAAGUGAUUUACGAGAAUGCCGGCGAACGCUGGGAAGUUGCUUGUUGUCCCUCUGAUCGUGGAUUUCAACAAGUCUCGUUCGUAAACUCCAUAGCAACGACUAAAGGUGGUCGGCAUGUUGAUCACGUAGCGGACAGUGUUAUCAAGCAGUUGAUUGAGGUGCUGAAAAAGAAAAACAAGAAUGGCAUCAACAUAAAACCGUUUCAAGUUCGCAAUCAUCUAUGGAUAUUUGUCAAUUGUUUGAUUGAGAAUCCCACAUUUGAUUCACAGACCAAGGAGAACAUGACACUUCAGGCCAAAAGUUUUGGCUCCAAGUGCACCCUGUCUGAGAAGUUCAUUGGCAAUCUAGCCAAGGCGGGCAUUGUUGAAAGUGUGCUCGCGUGGGCAAAGUUUAAGGCGCAGAAUGACAUUGCCAAAACCGGUGGUAAAAAGUCAACUAAAAUCAAGGGAAUUCCCAAGUUGGAAGAUGCCAACGAGGCGGGCACAAAGAAUUCAUUGAAUUGUACUCUUAUCCUCACCGAGGGAGACUCAGCCAAAUCUUUAGCUGUCUCUGGCCUAGGUGUCAUUGGUCGCAACUAUUAUGGCGUCUUUCCACUGCGCGGUAAAUUGUUAAACGUGCGCGAAGCAUCAUUCAAACAGCUAACCGAGAACGCUGAGAUCAACAACCUCUGCAAAAUUAUUGGAUUGCAGUAUAAAAAGAAGUAUUUAACCAUGGAUGAUUUAAAGACACUGCGCUAUGGUAAAGUAAUGAUCAUGACUGAUCAGGAUCAGGAUGGUUCUCACAUUAAAGGAUUGCUUAUCAAUUUUAUACACACAAACUGGCCCGAACUAUUACGUUUGCCCUUCCUGGAAGAGUUUAUUACACCUAUUGUGAAGGCAACCAAAAAGAACGAAGAGCUUUCAUUCUAUUCGCUGCCUGAAUUUGAGGAAUGGAAAAUGGAUACACCCAAUCAUCAUACGUACAAUAUCAAGUACUAUAAGGGUCUCGGUACUUCGACAUCCAAGGAGGCCAAAGAAUAUUUUCAGGAUAUGGAACGUCAUCGUAUAUUGUUCAAGUACGAUGGUGCAGUCGAUGAUGAUAGCAUUAUGAUGGCAUUUGCCAAGAAACAUGUCGAUUUGCGUAAGACCUGGUUAACCAAUCACAUGGACGAAGUAAAGCGUCGCAAGCAGCUGGGUUUGCCCGAGCGUUAUUUGUACACCAAAGGUACCAAGCAUAUCAGUUAUGCAGAUUUUGUCAAUUUGGAACUUGUGCUCUUCUCGAAUGCUGACAACGAACGCUCAAUACCAAGUAUGGUAGAUGGCUUAAAGCCUGGUCAGCGGAAGGUUAUGUUUACGUGUUUUAAGCGUAACGACAAGCGUGAAGUUAAGGUUGCCCAGCUGUCGGGUUCCGUUGCCGAAAUGUCAUCGUAUCAUCAUGGUGAAGUCUCGCUGCAAAUGACCAUUGUGAAUUUGGCGCAGAACUAUGUGGGAUCGAACAACAUUAAUUUGUUAGAGCCACGCGGUCAAUUCGGUACUCGUCUCACCGGUGGAAAAGAUUGUGCAAGCGCUCGUUACAUUUUCACGAUAAUGUCGCCACUAACACGUCUCAUUUUCCAUCCUUUGGACGAUCCAUUAAUGCAGUAUCAGGUCGACGAUGGCCAAAAAAUUGAGCCGACAUGGUAUAUACCUAUUAUACCCAUGGUAUUAGUCAACGGCGCUGAAGGUAUUGGUACCGGCUGGUCAACUAAAAUAGCCAAUUACAACCCUCGCGAAAUUAUUGAGAAUUUACGUCGCAUGAUCAACGGCGAACCGCAAACAACAAUGAUUCCGUGGUACAAGAACUUCAAGGGCACAAUGGAAUCUGUUGGGGAUAACCGCUUCUGUCAUUCGGGCAAUAUUCAGAUACUUCCAGAUAAUCGCAUCGAAAUCACUGAAUUGCCUGUUGGCGUCUGGACGCAAACGUAUAAGGAGAAUGUGCUAGAAGCAUUGUCCAACGGCACUGAAAAAGUUAAGGCGGUGAUUUCUGAUUAUCGUGAAUAUCAUACCGAUACAACAGUGCGAUUUGUCAUCAGUUUCAAUGCGGGUGAAUUUGAGCGGCUUAGGGCUGAGGAAGGUGGUUUCCAUCGGGUGUUUAAAUUAUGCUCAUCCAUAUCCCUGAACCAGAUGCAUGCAUUCGAUGAUAACAAUUGCCUGCGUCGCUUCCCCUCACCUAAGGAGAUUAUGGAGGAAUUUUUCAAACUCCGCUUGGAGUAUUACAAUCGUCGCAAGGAUUAUCUUGUUGGUCAGCUCACAGCUCAAUCCGAUCGACUUAGCGAUCAAGCCCGCUUCAUUUUGGAGAAAUGUGAGAAGAAGCUGGUAGUGGAAAAUAAGCAGCGUAAGGCCAUGAUUGAUGAGCUAAUUAAGCGUGGCUAUCGUCCAGAUCCAGUUAAGGAAUGGCAGCGGCGCAUUAAAAUUGAAGACGAAGCGGAACCGGAAGAUGAUGGGGACGAAGAGGAGCAGGCAUUAUCGUCGUCUUCUAAAGCCAAGGUUAAGAAAGAAGUGGAUCCUGAAAAGGCAUUCCAGAAGCUGACAGAGGUCAAGAAGUUCGAUUAUUUACUGGGCAUGUCUAUGUGGAUGCUGACGGAGGAGCGUAAAAAUGAAUUGCUUAAACAGCGUGAUAACAAACUGGAAGAGCUCGAUAAUUUGAUAAAGAAAACGCCGCAAAUGCUCUGGAUGACUGAUCUCGAUGUGCUGCAUCAAAAGCUGGAUGAAGUGGAAGAAAAGGAGCGACUUGAAGAACAAGGUAUUAAUUUGAAACAAUCCAAGGCGAUCAAGGGCCAAAAGGCUGUUGCUGGUAAAGGCAAGGCAAAGGGCAAGGCUGCUGCUGGCAACGAAGACAUCUUCCCCGAUCCCAUCGGCGAAAAGGUGGCAUUUAAGGUUACUGAUGAUCUGCUUAAAAAGUGGCAGCCUCCGAAGGAACGCGUACCCCGAGUGAAAGCUGAAAAGAAAUCAGCCGGCGAUGAGGUCGAUGAUUUCGAUGCGCUUGUCGAGGGCGGCGUUGCAAAGACAUCACCCAAAGCAAAGAAGUCGGCUGUCAAGAAGGAACCGGGCGAGAAGAAACCACGUCAAAAGAAGGAGAACGGCGAUGGUCUCAAACAGGGAAAACUCGACUUUACCAAGUCUAAGCCCAAGAAGAAGGCAAAUUCAUUGGAUGAUGAUGAUGAUGAAGAGGAAGAUUUUGAGAGCAUAACGGUGGCACCUCGGGAGGAUCGUCCUGGUCGCCGCGCUGCAAGCAAAAAGAUUGAUUACUCUUUCAUUGAUGAUGAUGAUGAGGCUGCUAAUGAUAACAGCAAGGCUGGAGAAGAUGAUGAUGACUUUGAGUCGACUGACGACUCACCCAUCAAGCGUCCAAAGAAACGUCAGCGUGAUGACGACAGCGGCAGCAGUGGUGGAAAGAAAAAGGCAACUCAGAAGAAAUAUCGUGCUCUUGAAAGCGAUGAAAGCGAUGAUGCCGAAUUUGUGGACGAUGAUGAUUCGGAUUUUGAAGGAUAAACUAUCAUUUCUUCAUCUCAUUAUUUUGUCGUGGUCUAUGUUCAAGUUGAUCUAUGUACUAUGGUAUAUUAUUUCAAAUAUCUUUAUAAAAGCAAAAAGAAAACAAUCUGUUGUUAAUCACAGGAAAGCAAUUUAUUUGAUUGAUUAAGUAAAAAGAUUUCUAAUAUACCUAUGCGUAAGACCGAAUAAAUAUGUAUCUAGUUGACACCACACAUAAACCGAUCCACCAUAAUCACAUACACUUUUAUAUGUAUAACCAAAAAGAAAAAUAAUUUUUUUAAAUGUCACAAUUGUCCAUCCCCCACGUCGAAAGUUUUAACACAUAUUUUAAUUACUCAUAUUUGUAUAACAACAACUUCGCAACAUUCUUUAAUUGUAGUUUUAACAAAGAAGCGAUAAUCCACCAAUAACACGAUACUAUACAUAUUAUACAAUCCGAAUAUAAUGUUUUAUUAACGUAGUUACUUUUUUCAUGUAAAUAAAUUUAUUUUACGUUAUUUUGUGGA